AUCCAAGAUGGCGUCCUUGCGAACAGUUCCAGAGAGACUUUUGAGGCCUGCUGCACGAUCAGUUUCUGCCGGAGGACGAGGGUUUCUUUCUCCCAGGACGUCUCUAGGUAAACCAAGAAUGUAUCGGGCAGCGCUUUGCAAGGAACUCGGCAAACCGCUUGUAGUUCAAGAGGUCCCUGCCACCGAGAACUUGAAGUCAACGCAGGUUUGCUUUUAAAAAUAACUUUUGAAUCCACUAGAGACGAUAAAAAAAUUGAAAAUUUUUAGGUGGGUUACUUGGUAUCCCCGGCUUCUGUGGAAAAAAGUUACCUUUGCGUAAAACACCUUAAUCUCUUCAAUAUAUAUGGAGCAAGCCCUUGUCUCAAACAAUUACAAAGCGCUUCAAAAAGGUCAGACUUCUCUCUAAUUAGCGCCCCUCCCCCCAAAUGUCACGUUUUAAACUGUUGCGCUAACAAUCACUUUAUGUAAAAAAUACUUUGAAAAAAACUGUAGUAAGUGUGAGAUAAAGCCUGGUUCUCAUUGUAUUCCGCCACCCUACUUACGAUAUAGCCACUGGUACCAGCCAUGAUACUUUCUCACAUUAGAGAACAUAGCAGACAUGGCAGGUCUUGACCCCUGGCCUGCCUGCAUAGUUGAAGUCAACUCAACUUGGCAGGCAGGCCAGCUGUAGAGACUGUUGUUACUCCUGUUUUCAUCCCAUUAUUUUAGAUGGUACCAGCAGUUAUAUUACAGGUAGGUUGGAGGCGGCAUUUGUAACUGAAAACCAGGCUUUAGGGAAAGAUAAAAUGAGUUUGGAAAACCAUAGACUGAGCUGGGGCAGAUCCAGAAAAUUCAGAAAGAGGGGGUGAGACUGACUUUCCGGUUAGACAUUUACUGUUUACGCACAUGGAGUAAUAACCCAUUUGUUCCUGGUUGAGCACUUUUCUAGUCAUUGUCUGGCUAUAGAAAGCUAAAACUUACCACAAAGCUGUUUUCGGGUCUUACACUUGGGGGCUUUUCAUCCAGAUACAAACUAUUAGCUUGCUUGUUAAAGAGAUUACUUAGUUUUGAUUCUAGAAGCCCUGAUCACCCCACCCCCUCCCCCCUCCCAAGGAAGAAGUGUAAAAUUUCAUUUUCUUGUCAAGGUAAUUGCCAAAGUAGAUUUUGGCAAAAGUAGUUAAAUGAUUUUUGUUUUAUAAACCUUUUUCUUUUGCUAAAAUUUCACCAGGUCAGAGUUGCAAUCCACAGCUGUGGUAUAAACUUUGCCGAUAUACUCAUGUGUCUGGGAAAAUACCAGGAGAAACCACCACUACCAUUCAUUCCAGGUGAUAAGCUGACGUCUCUUGUAUUUUUUGAGUUGAGCUUCUUCGGAGGAAACUGAACGUCAGUGACCUUCAUCUCCCUACCAGGAUUCUCUGACAUGUAUGUCUUGUUAGAUGGGAUGUGGAGGAGAGAACAUCUGUCCGGGGUUCAGGCCUCGCCUGUGUGGUUGUUUCCUUAGACAAAAUACUCCUAGGUAUGCUUCAUACUAAGGAAACCCGGAUAAGCUUCGGCCAUUUGGGCCUUUGGCUCAUGAGUGCCUUUACCUUUUUACCUGGGUAUAGGGUGCAGGUUGUGGGUUUGCCUUGGAGAUAGCCUGCAAGCAAGCUCUCUGGGGUGCUCUGGUGGUGGGGUGGGAAAAGGAAGGAGAGCUUCCAUGCAACUAGGUCUCUGGAAUUUGAAUUUCACCUCCAAUUCCCCUGUGGCUCCCUGUUGACUGAGCUGUCAAUUUUCCGCCAAUCCUCGUGAAGCAGAAAUGAGCACAACACUGCUCUACAAUUGUUUCUUGAAACCUCCAUUCACAAUACAAUUUUUUACCCCUUUUUAUCUUGGCUGAAUUGUAUUUUUUGGUUUAGCAAUAAUCUUUUCAGUUCCAUCCACAUAUCAUUUUCCCUUUAGUGAUCAUUUUAUUAAUUCUCAUAACUUUUCCUCUCGAUUGUGUAUUGAUAUUGUUCGGAGAAAAUUGAUGUUGAUCACUCUUGGGACCUGAAAGGUUGAAUAACACAGCUUGCUUUUUAUGGUACAGGUUCCGAAAUUGCUGGUGAGGUGAUUGAAACUGGAGAUAAAGUAAAAAUGCUUUCGAAGGUAAUUGCUUUUUGACUUCUUAUGAAAAGACCUGCAGACAGAUGGACAGACAAACUUUUAGUUGCUAGACCUUAAAAAAAGAGAUAAAGAAAGAGGUUGGCAGAAUGGAGAUAGGAAAGAAAUACUCUUUACCCCUCACCCCUGCCCAUCAGCUUGCAUAUUCUCCAUGCACCUAUUCUCUAUACAUUUCCCUUGGCAAUGAUGAGGAGAGCUUGUUUGGCAAGCAUACUUGGUGAUCAUUUUUUUGCUGGGCUGCUAUUCUCAUAACUGUUUGUUAGAUUUACCAGUGAUGUUCUAAGGAGAAAUAAAAGUGAUGGGGUUGCACAUCGGAAACUUAAAGGGAGACCAAUGUGGGUGUGGCUCAAGCUUUAACUGACCCCUAAAGAGGACCAUGCUAAAACAGACAUCUAAAUAAGAGUUAGCGAUCUAACUAAUAUGGCAAUGAUGUCGUGAUCUUUUUUAAAAGUUAGAUUUCUGUGAAGUCAGUGUCAUGGCAUUUUUUGUAAAUUUCUUUUUGCACAACCCUUAUAAGCGAUACCUGAAUGGGCAAAUAUAAUGACUUUCCAUCCCAAAGACCCUAAGUGAGACCAAAAUCUGCAAUUUACACCGCUGAGUGAGACAACGAGCAUCCCUGUCACUUUUAUAUGGGAGUCCCCACCCCUGGGCAAAUAAGUUACUGUCCUUUCUUAGAGGUUAAAGGGUUAAGUGUACCCCUUCUCCUUGAGCUUGAAAUUGCUUCUGCUAGAUCUUCAUACUCCCCCUCUGCUCCUUAUCCCUUCAGUCAUGUAGAUGUCAUAAUUCUGUUACAUAGUUUUGGGAGAAUUCUCAUGAUUUUUCUCCUUUAAGUAGAAAAAAUACUGGUAUUUGAUGAAUUUCAACGUUGUGGAACUGUAUAUCAUAACCAUUCCCUCUAUUAAAAUGUUUUUUAUUUUACUUGUCCUUUUUUCUAUCUUACUACUGUGUUUGAUUAUAUAUAAUUAUUUAUUGAAUAUAUAUAUUUUUUUCAGGGUGACAGAGUGCUUGGAGUAACAUUACUUGGUGGGUUUGCUGAGGAGUGUGUUGUCGAGCAAAGUGUAAGAAAUCUUCCUUUAUGACUUUUGUAACAGUUCAUAACAUUACUGUAGUGCAUGUUAUAAAUUAGCUUGAUUCUCAAAUGCUCCAGGUCACCCACAGCCAUGUACUGUCUCCCAGGCUAGUAACAAUUAAGUUUUAUUGUUUUUGCAAGUCGUUAAUCAGUUGUAGCCAGGAGGAUUCAUUAAAUUGUAUAUUCCAAAUGUUUAUAUGUGGAGGCUCCGCCCCAAGGUCCAACCCUACCCAUUAAUAUACCAUUUUUCACAAAAAAGGAACCCCUUUUGUAUACCUUCUAUUGACAAAUGGUGCCCCUUUCACAUACCUUGUUUAGAUCUUUGUAUCCCUUUUAACUGCUGUAAAUGCACUGUCUUUUAAAUAGGAAUCAAUCACAAAAAUAGAACAUUUUCUUGACUUAAAAAGUCAUAAAAUUCAUCUGUUAGCCCUUUAGGGCCCUUUCACAGACUCAAAUGACAGGUUUCCCUAUACUAGCCUUUUAUGUACUUCAACCAGUGAAAUUCCUACCCUUUCAUAUACCUGAAGCCUGAAAAAGGUACCCCUUUCUGGCACAGACUCCCCGUAUAGGCCAUUAUAGGGACUCUUAGACCAUGUUAUGGAGAGGCACUUGGUCAUUCUAUGGAUGCAGUCCAAUAUGGUGUUACCAUUCAAAUAAAACCUCUGUGGCAAAACUUUUGCAUGGUACAGUUGAAUCUCAACUCACAGCCACCUGUCCUCAACAACCACCUCUCUGCAACAUCCACUUUUUUGUCCUGGGAGACAGCCCAUACAUUGGCUAUUUUUAUCAAACAUCUCUACAACAACCACCUCUCUACAACAGUGACGGCAACUAAAAAGUGUGUCCCCAACUGCCAAAACAACUUCUCGACAAUAGCCAUUUUUUUUCAGUGACUGACCAAACAGUCAAGAGUGGUCAUAAAAAUUUGAUCUGCAUGGCACAUCAAUGUUUUAUCCCAGCAACUCUUUCACUGUAAAUACAGUAUUUUUUUAUUAGUAAGAAAAUUCUUUGGAACAUUCUUAGAUUACCAUGAUUACAUUAUUUAAGUUUUCAGGGUGCAAAGAAAGUCAGUUUCACAGCUUGCCAUUCGGGCAAGCAGUACCUAGCAUGUACUAGCCUGAAAAAAAAUUGAUGAGCAGGGUUGAUUGCAAUUCUUCUGUAAUUUGAAUUCCCCCCAAAAAACCACUUGCGGAUCAGGUAAGUUAAGAACAGAACUCACUAGCUUGAUAGCAAAAUCCACUGGCCCCAGGCUAUCGGACACCACUUUCUUUGCACGCUGGUUUUGUGUAUUUUAUCUAUAUAUAUUUAUUUAUGGUUGGCUACAGUAAGCCUGAACUUGGAACAAUAAACAUGUUGUACUUCCCCCCUCCCCUCCUUAAACAGGUGUCAUAUUACACCCCUACCUCCCCAUUAAGGCCACUUUCCAUUGAGGCCGGUCAUCCAGUCCCUGAGAUAAGGGGGGGGGGGUCUCCAAAAAAAUAUUUUCCGCCCUUUGGGCCUCAUUUUGGUCGGAAAAUAAGGGGGGGGGGCAGGCCCCCUGGCCCCUCCCUAGAUCCACCACUGCUUUCUUCUGUCCCCCAAGGUGGCCAUUGUGGAGAGGUUCAACUGUACUAUUUAUUUCGUAGGAUGUUACAAAGAAAAAUUCGGAAAUUUUUUUGUGAAGUUUUAUUUGUCCAUUAGUAGGAGUGAUAAAGUUAACUUAAGGUGAGUGUUUCAAAUGUGAUGGUUUACAGGGACUAUGGAGGAUUCCAUCCAGUGUGGGAUUUCAACAAGCUGCGGCUCUUGCUGUGUCAUAUGGGACAGCUUAUGUUGGACUUACAAAUAAGGCCAACACACAGCCUGGGUAAGUAUAUAAUACUACCUUGAAUACAUGUGAGUUUUUAUAUCAACAAAAUAACAUCCAUGGAUGCAGUGUGAAUAAUAGUAGUAGUCAUUCUACAUCUCAUCCCUAGUAUUCCAUGAGUUUGGUUUUCACUUAAGAUGCACAAUAUGCCCUUGACUGAUUGCAAACAAAUUUUUAUUUUUGUCUGACCAAAAAUGGUGACUUAGCCAUGCUAUAGUCCAUCCAUCUCACUCGAUCCCCCUGCUUUGCUCCUUUGUAAUUAGCCCCCACCCCACUCCCACUGCUGUACCCCUACUUCUUUUGCUAUGCCCCUAUGCAUGUAUUAAGCCUGCCCACCCCUCUCCCCCUGCUACUUCCCCAUGUAUUUAGCCCACCUACCCUGCUUCCCUGCCAUGUCCUUAUCUGUUUAACCCACCUACCCCACUCCUCCAGCUACAUAUACAUGCCCUUAUGUGUUUAACCAACCCACCCCACCCCUCCUGCUACAUAAUGUACAGAAUGUCCUUAUCUAUUGAACCCACCCACCCCACUCCUCCUGCUACAUCCCUAUGUGUUUAGCCCACCCACCCUGUCCCCCUGCCAUGUCCUUAUGUGUUUAACCUACACACCCCACCUGGCCUCCAACUACAUAAUGUAUGUCCUUAUGUAUUUAACCACCCACCCCACCCCUCCUGCUACAUAUAAAUGUCCUUAUGUGUUUAACCCACCCAUCCCACUCCUCCUGCUACAUAUAAAUGUCCUUAUGUGUUCAACCUACACACCCCACCCCUCCUAUUACAUAAUGUAUGUCCUUAAUAUCUAUUUAACCCACCUAGGCCUCUUAUCCUGCUAUGUCCUUUUAUUUGUCUAAUUCAUAGCCAGACUGUGUUAGUGACAGCUGCUGCUGGUGCUCUUGGUUUGGCCACAGUUGAUAUUGCUGCCAAUACACUACAGGCAAAGGUGUGUAGUUUCUAAAUGAAUUAAUGUCUCAUUAGCUAAUGAUUUCAGCAACUAUAAUUUUAUUAUUCAAGAAGACAAAAGAUGUAGGAUUAGUAUGAACACUUGAUUGUUCAGUUUAGGUAAAAGACAAGUUUUAGUGUUGGAAUCUCGGAGAAUCUCAGUGGCUGGGUUAAAAUCCCAGUGUUGACACCAUGUGUAGGUUGAGUUUGUUGUUAGUUUUCUCCCUUGCUCCAAGAUGUUUUUCUCUGGGUACUGGGGUUUUCCCCUCUUCUCCAAAACCAACAUUUCCAAAGUCCAAUUCAACCAGGAAGGGUAGACAAAGAACCACAUUAUGUGGAUGUCCAACCCCUAAAUCGUAUUUAUUUAUAUUUGUUUUCAAUCUGUGCCUUCUUUAGUUGUGAAUCAGUGAUUGUAAGUUAACUCAAGAAACGUGGUGGAUCCCAGGGGGGUGAGUGGUAGUCCCCAUAAUGGCCUAUAUAGGGAGGCCCCGCCCGAAACGGGUACCUUUUUCAGGCUUCAGGGAAAUGAAAGGGGAGGGAUUUUACUCGUUGAAGUAUGUGGAAAGGUAGGGGAAUCUGUCAUUUGGAUCUGUGGAAGGGCCCAAAGGGCCGGGCAGAUGAGUUUUAUGGCUUUAUAGUGGGGGAAACGUUCUAUUUUUGUGAUUGAUUCCUAUUUAAACGACAAAGCAUUUAGAGCAGUUAAAAGUGAUGCAAUUUCUAAACAAGGUAUGUGAAAAGGGUAACAUUUGUCAAUAGACGGUAUAUGAAAGGGGUACCUUUUUCGGCAAAAAAUGGUAUAUAAAAGGGUAAGGGGUUGGACCUCGGGGCAGAGCCUCCCUGUAUAAAAAGUUGUUGAGUACCCCCCUCCCCCCUCCGUCUGGGCUUUGACCUUAUUUGUUUAUAGGCCAAUCUGAGGCCCACACAGCCACAAAAAAUUAUUUUUUAGUUUGGGCCACUUUCUUGUCUUUUGGUUCUGAAGAGUCGGCCCCUUAGUUACUCGAUGGUCAACACUCAAAGAAGGGCUGUUUGAAUAACUUACAAAAUUGUUGAGAAUUGAAAAAGGUAACCAAAAUAAUGAAAGUGGUAUUAAAACCAAACUUUUAUUCCUUUAGAGGAGGUAAUUCUAGGAUUGAUAACAACAAUUUGGUAUAGCUUUUGUUAACUCCCAUCAUUGUGAUAUUUUUUUUGCCUUUUCCCUGUUUAAUUUUUCUAAAGGUUAUUGGAGCAGCAAGUAAGGAGAAGCUUGAUGUUGUAAAAUCAUUGGGGGCUUCAGCUGUGAUUGACUACAAUACUGAGAGUGUAAAAGAAAAGGUAAAUAUGUUUUUACAGUGAACAGUUGUAUAGCAAAGAGUUUGCCAAACGUACGACAUUUAGCAUAAAAUGCAUCUGUUGCGUGUGAGCUCUUGAGACUGAAAUACUGAGCUAUUUUUGCAACAGGGAGUUGACUUUAAACAGUGUAAUAAUUAUGUAUUAAUUAUUAGUUAUUAGUUUUUCAAAUUCCACCUUAACCUUUGUCCUUCACAUCGUCACUGUGUAUGGACUAGGUAAGUCUGGUUAAUGUAUUUCAGGGCUGUGCUCUAGCAGAGCCCGGUGGCCCCUGGCGCCAAACUUUUGCCCUCGGGCGACUAGAAAAUCACAGAUUUUUCAUACAACUCAUAUGCUGGGCACCCUAGAUUUUACAGUUUCAGAGCACUGGGCUCCCUUCAAUUUUCCUUAGAGUGCAGCCUUGUAUUUAUUUAUUUGACUUUAAAAUUCAUUAAUAUUAUUGUAUGUCAGGUUACCAUUAGGGAUUGUUACAUGCACUAAAUACUCGUCCAACAGGUUUUUUCAAAAUAGCUUUAUACACUUUAGGCCUACCCUAAAAUGUGUGUUGCAGUUACUUGCAGAUGGUCAAGAUCUGGCUUUGUUUAGAAUAUUCUAUUGUUUUAUAAUUAAGAAUUUAAUUAGUCAAUUUAUUUAUUUCAGUAAUAUAUUACGUCACACACAAAAAAAGAAAGAAAGAAAGAAAAACAAAUGCAUAAUGUAUAGUGCAAAAAAAGGAAUUAAUACAUCAUCAAUCAUGUUUUAUAAUUAAGUAACAAAAUAUUUCCUCAUUUGACUGAAUGCCAGGUUAAAGAAUUCACUGAAGGAAAAGGAGCUGAUGUGAUAAUGGAAGCUGUCGGAGGAAAGGUCUUUACUGAAUGUUUAAAAAGGUAAAUCAACUUACCUUCACUAGCCUGAUUCAAGAAAUAAUGAAAACAUAAUGUUCGAAAUAAUCUCAAAUAACUUUAAGAGCAAACGUCAUGUCAAGUUACUUUUAAUAACACAUCAGCAAGAUGACCCACUUCAAUUCCAUCUAACUCUAAACAGUAAUUUGUUAUAGUUAAAGGCAGGUUUAUUUUUUUGAAAUUUCUGAUAGUUAAAUUAUCUAUUUUUGAUCCAGUAUUGCUUGGGGUGGAGUUAUUUUACCAGUUGGUUUUGCCUCAGGGGAGAUACCACAGGUAUGAAAUAACACAAAGCUAGCAGAACUCAUUAAAUGUUGGUUACCUUACACAGAAUUAUAUGAAAAUAUGUCUCCUCUCCCUUAACAGACACUGCUAUAAGACAAACACCUAGCUAAAAAGAACACCUAGAGUUGAUCCCUGUCUUUUUUUGUUGAUUCUCGGUGAGAUAACAUCUCUCAGAGGGAUGACUCUAAGACAAAUACUAGUUAAGAUAGUUUUUUCAGUUUUCUACGGAACCCAGAUAUAUGAAGAGUACCCUGGCCUAGUGAAAACCCCUCCUUAGAGUCCCAAAAGUGACCAACAUCACGUCUUUCCCCCAACAGUAUCUAAUGAGGUCAUAAAUCCAUAGAGAUGGUAAUUAAAGGAAGGAAGUUAACCACUAAGGGCUGGGAAAAUGCUUUGAUUUUUUUUACAAAUUCUCUCAGCUAAUUCUUUAAGGAAAUGUAUAGAGAUCGGUCUGGAGAAUUUGUAUGAAGAUGUUGUAGUUAAUUUUUUAUCCUAGGUAAUUUUUUUCUUUUGGUUUUGGCUAUGGUAAUGUUUGCUAAUGAAGUUGAAACAAAAGAAAAAUAAAAAUUACCUGAGAUAAAAAAUUAGCUACAACAGAGAUAUUAUGAUAUGGAAGAAACGUUCACCCCAUUUAAUAUUUAUGCAUGUGAUAGUGCAAUGUAACAAACCAGUUAUCAGUCAUUCAAAAGCAGUUCAGUAACUGUUUUUUAUAUCUAUCAUUUUCUAUAUCCAGAUUCCAGCAAAUAUUCUGUUGGUAAAAAACUGCUCAGCUGGUAAGAUUAUAUGGUCCUUUUUCUCUCUUCCAGAUAGAUAGGUUUGAUUUUUUUACGCUGACCAAGUUUGUAUCCUGACUUAUUAAUUUGUUUUUCUUUUUUAUCUAUUCACAGCUGGUUUAUUUUGGGUGAGUUUUACAACAGUACAAAAUAAUAUAAUACACUAGUCAUUUUUCAGCAUUUUCCUAACUAACAUUUAUUUAGCAGGAAGUUCUUCUCAUAGAAAAAGAUUACUGGUAACUGAGUUUUGCAACUUUUUAAAACAAUGAAAAAUUUCUACAAAACUUUUAGAUGGGAACAUUUUUCAACAACUGUUACAAUCACAUGGUUUUCAUCGUUUUUUCAUCCUUUUUUCAUUACAGUGUUUAAUCUCGGUAAAUGAUUUUGACUGUCUGUACAAGUUGAAGGAUUAUUUUACUUUUGAUUAUAUUGCUGCGAGUGGUUUAUAGCAGAACCUUUAUAUUCAUCCUUUUUUGCAGGAACAAUAUUUUUGUCAGUAAUUCAAUAUUUUUCAGUAUUAUUUCAUGAUUGAUCCUUAACUGGCUUUUCAAAGAAUGGCUUGUGACUAUUGAUUUGAUUCUACCAGGGUUCGCACAAGAAGCACAAUCCAAAGUUAUUAAAGGAAUCAGUGGAUAAAUCUCUUGAAAUGCUGCAACAUGGCAAGCUGAGAGGACCUCACAUUUCUGGACAGUUUGAAUUAGAUCAGGUAUCUUGGAAUUAAUGUUUCUCCUGAAUGGGAUUGCAAAACGCCUCAGUCUUUAGAUGAAUGGAACUCUUAACUAUCAUUUCAAAAUAAUAUGUUAUUGUUCCAGAACAAAAGUUAAGGGCCCUCAUAUCUUAGAAAGCUUUUUUAGCAUCCUGGCCUUGGCACUGAUCAUUAUCCAACGGUUUAGGACCUUGAUUCUAGUUUAAUUUUUAAUGUCUGUGCAAAUAAAUGUGACCAAUGGACAUGCCACUAUCAAAUGGCAAAGACACUGCCUGCUCAGGUAGGAAUGAUUUUGCUUAAAAGAUAGCAAAGUGCUAAACAGGUUACUUAUUUGUAUGGCCAUAACGUGAAUUAAACUGCAAUCAAUGUGAUGAGUGUCAGCUUGUCCUUUAAUUAAUUAUUUCGAUCAUUUGAGACAAAAUUGAACUAACAAACAUGCAGUCAUACACUUUUCAAAAAGAGAAAGAGACAAAAUUGAACCACAACAUACAUACAAUCAUGACGUGUUUUAUUCUUUUUAUUUUCGUUUAGCAAUGAGAAAAGCAAAACGAAAAUUGAACCUGAUCUCAGGUUAAACAAAACUUUGCAUCUUAUGCAGGCAAAGUUAACAAUAAAUUAUGAUCUCUAGCAUGAAUACUUCUCAUCAUAAAAGAGCACAAACAGUUAUUAUUCUUUUCUCUUUGUUUCAGGCCAAUGAAGCUUUUAAGUUUGUAAUGCAGAGAAAGUCAACUGGAAAAGUUGUGAUAAAUACAAGAUAG